AUGUUGUCGUCAAGGCGGCGUUUGUGGGCGGUUUUGCUGGCUUGCUGCAUCCCGCAAGCUGCGAUCCUGGCGGUCCACCUGCCCUCACGACCAGUGAUCAACGCGAUCAUCUCAUGCAUAUGCGUCUGUGUCGCUGGAUUCUACGCAACGGCAGCCCUAAUCCCCAGAGUCAAGCAUGUGUUCGUAAAGGCGAACCUGCAAGGCAAAGAUCUGAACAAGAAGGGGACAGCUGCCGAGGACCAAGUCAUCCCGGAGUCGCUUGGACUGAUCGUCGGAUGCGUCUACUUCUCGUGUGCCGUCCUGUUUCAGCUCGUGUACACGGUGAUCGAAGGGAGGCGCCUUGACUCUGACGGCUACAGCUGGCUGGUGCAGUACAACGGUGGGAUGGCGUCAAUUUGCUUCAUGCUGUUGCUCGGCUUCGCGGACGACGUCCUCGACAUCCCAUGGCGGUACAAGAUUCUGAUGCCCAUGCUGGCGUCAUUGCCGCUCCUCGUGUCGUAUUCAGGGCCUACGACUGUUGUCAUACCCAGGCUGAUGCGAGGGCUGCAAGUUCCGGUCGUCGGAAGUCUACCGCACCUCCUCGAACUGGGCCCCUUGUACAAGGCUGCCAUGGCGCUGGUGACCGUCUUCUGCACCAACUCCAUCAACAUCCUGGCAGGCGUCAAUGGACUGGAAGCCGGGCAAACUGCCAUCAUCUCGGCGAGCAUACUGGCCUUCAACUUGCUCGCGCUCGGACAAGGAUGGGGCCGGCCGGACGCCCACCUCGUGAGCGUGUUCCUCGUUCUGCCGUUGUUCGCCACGACGGGAGCCCUCCUGCAGUACAACUGGUUCCCGGCGAAGGUGUUCGUGGGGGACACGUACACAUACUUUGCUGGAAUGGUGCUGGCGGUCGCGGGGAUCCUGGGACACUUCCCGGAGACGCUGCUGUUGUUCUUCAUUCCGCAGCUCUUCAAUUUCGCCUACUCCUUGCCGCAGCUUCUGAAAAUUGUGCCCUGUCCACGGCAUCGCCUCGGCAGACUCGACCCCAAGACCGGCCUGCUGCAUGCGACGAAUAACUACAACUUGUUGAACUUCUGCUUAUGGCUGUUCGGGCCGUGCGAGGAGGAGGUGCUCAGUUUCAGGCUGCUCUGCAUCCAGGGGAUAUGCUGCUUGGCUGCCUUCGGCAUUCGACAUGUCGCUAAGUAG